UGAUUCAGAGAUACUGAUUGAUGACUCCUCAGGAUAACCCCCUAACAGAUGCUGCCUUCAGCCUGCCUUCUAUAGGAUCUAUCAACUGGAACAUGGACCCUGCGACAACACAGACACUUCCUGGCCUUCGUCCUCCUCACACUCUCCUAAUGUUWAACCAGAACUCAGACAAUGCCAYUGCCUCAACACUAAAUGGCUACACAAGCCCAUUGACAAAUGACAGUAGUAGUAACGCUAUCAGCAGAUCUGGUGGCAAAGAGAAGCAUUUCUCGUGUUCGUUCUGCGGGAAAGCCUUCAGUUUCCCCAAACAGGUGGAGAUCCACCAGAGGAUGCACACAGGGGAGAGACCUUUCAUCUGUACCCAYUGUGAUAUGCGCUUCGCUCAGGCUGGUCACCUGAAGAGACACCAGAGGGUCCACACAUUGGAGAAACCCUACAGCUGUCCCCAGUGUGAGCAGAGGUUCUCCCACCAGCACCAACUGAAGAGGCAUCUAAAGGUCCACACGGGCGAGAGGCCGUUCCCCUGUAUGUACUGCGGGGAGAGCUUUUCAGAGAGGAGCUACCUCAGGAUACACCAGCAGAAAAUGCACACGGCCCAUGUAUAGAGGAUAGUGACAUGUAAUGUAGUACUAGUUWGUUU